CCCCGGGUCGGGGAAAAAAGCAGAGGCGGAAUUGUUUUAAGGCUCCUGCCCUGUUCCUGGUCACAUUUCCCAGCACUUAGCCGGAAAACACGACGGCAACUCUUUGUUGCUCUGCAGAGGCUGUCGGCUCAGGUCUGUGGAGGUCACCGGACAAUGGGGCUCCCCUCGCCGCUGCCCGGCUUUGGGCUGCUGACCUGCGCUUUGCUCCUGAUGUCACCUUUGCUGGGGUCGUCUCUGCCCGCACAGCUGACCACCCAGACCAAGACUGAGUUUUUGGACCGUCUGGACCGCUUUGGUCUCGGUUUUAACUGGAGAAAUCUCACCUGCCCGCUGUGCAAAGCGUUCUUCACCAUCGUUGAUAUCGCACUUCUGAGCGAUACAAAUGAGGAGCGAGUGGCACGGGCGGUUGGUGAGGCGUGUAUCCGUCUCCAUCUCGCUGAUGAGCAGGUUUGUCGAAACAUAACGGAGCUGUUCAGGGAUGACUUCAUCAGGGCCCUGCAGGAGUCGCUGCUGUGGCCCAGUGAAGCGUGCGCCCUGUUGGUGGGGCCUUCCUGCGGGAAAUUCGACAUCUACGCCCCCUGGAACAUCACUUUGCCGAAGGAUCCUAAACCUCCUGUGAGGCCACCCUCUCCUCCCAAACCUGGUUCUCCUCAGAGCCGGGUCCUCUUCCUCACAGACAUCCACUGGGACAAGGAGUACGAGGUUGGCAGUGCUGCGGACUGCAAAGAACCUCUGUGCUGUCGGAAAGACUCGAGCUCUUCAAGCUGGAGGAAGAGGGUCGCUGGCUACUGGGGAACAUACAGCAAGUGUGAUUUGCCUCUGCACACUGUGGAGAACCUCCUUGAAAAUGCUGCCAGAGCUGGACCUUGGGACUGGGUGUACUGGACUGGAGACAUACCAGCUCACAAUGUCUGGUCUCAGACUAGAAGCCAACAGCUGUCAGAGCUCACAGUCAUCUCCAGGCUCAUCCACAAACACCUGGGUCCUAACGUGACGGUUUAUCCUGCUGUAGGAAAUCAUGAAAGUACCCCCGUGAACAGCUUUCCGCCGCCGUUUGUUCAUGGUAACAGAUCGGUCGCCUGGCUCUACGACACCAUGGCAGAGGAAUGGGCCCCUUGGUUGCCAGAGCAGGCUUUGAAGACUUUGAGAUAUGGAGGAUUCUACACGUUGGAGAUUCAGCCUGGACUGAGGGUGGUGUCUCUCAACAUGAACUUUUGUGCACGUGAAAACUUUUGGCUGAUGGUGAACUCCACCGAUCCGGCUAACCAGCUGCAGUGGCUGGUCGGUGUUCUCCAGGCCAGCGAGAACAGGGGAGAGAAGGUCCACAUUAUUGGUCACAUCCCACCUGGUGUGUGUCUUGGCAGCUGGAGCUGGAACUACUAUCACAUUGUAAACAGAUACGAAAGCACAAUUACUGGACAGUUUUUCGGCCACACACAUUGGGAUGAAUUCCAAAUGUUUUACGAUGAGCAGACCAUGAGCCGGCCGUUAGGAGUGGCAUUCAUUGCUCCCAGUGUCACCACUUACAUCAAUCUUAACCCAGGGUACCGUGUCUACAUUGUGGAUGGGAAUUACCAAGGAAGCUCUCGGUUGGUGCUGGACCAUGAAACCUACAUCCUCAACCUCACAGAGGCAAAUGGCAGCCCGAGCUCUCCGAGCAGCCCGGAACAGGACCCCAAAUGGACACUGCUGUACCGUGCCACUGAGGCCUACGGUCUUUCCAGUCUGUUCCCCUCUGACUUUGAUGGGCUGUUGCGGAUUUUUAACAGCAACGACAGCGUCUUCCAGAAGUUCUGGUACCUUAGGCACAAAGGACACGUGUCUGAGUCCUGCACAGAGACCUGCAAAACCACGGUGCUGUGCUUUCUGCGAAGCGGGCGCUAUGACGAACUGGAGCUGUGCGACCACCUCAACGGUUUUGAAGGAAGCUUGGCUCGGGCCGCGAGAAAAUCUCUGUGUUGAUCUGUGAAAGUUUGAAUAUGACAAAUUGAGCCAAAAAUAUCUUUAUAGAUUUUGGAAAUCCAAAGUCUUCAGUUGUGCAGUAUUAAGCAAUUAUAUGCAGCCGACCUUGUUUGGCAACAGGCUCACCAAAUAUUUUGCUAUGCCAGUUGUAUAUGGACUGCUAGAAACUGUCCUGAAAGAUGUUGUUUACUUGAAAUGCACAGAAUAGUGGACGGUUCGUAGCUGCGAUGAUUUCUGCUGUUCUGUUUAACUGCGUGCCUUUUUAAUCAGGGAAUGGGGUUCUCGUAUCUGUCCUUAAGAGCAAUCUUGCUUCUUUAAAGCUGCUUCAAACGCCUCUCGAUUUUCAUUAAAUAUUUCCCAAGAACCGUAAAUAGUGAUGAUAAAGGGCAGUUUUUAUUAAAGCACAGAACGGAUUGCUGUAGCAGUGUCAGCAAUUACUGAGAUUUAAAGAUGGCAAAUUGACUUAAUGGGGUACUUUAUCAUAUGAAGUCCCCUGUCAGCACCACUGUGGAGAUUUAGGUCAAUGCGUUACAUCUGUCUCACCAGUGAAGUCUUUGAGCUUAGUUAGUCACUAAGGUUUACCUCCGUUUGCACUUUAAUUUUUGGAUAUUUCAGCAAAGAUCAAGUCUGAUAAGCCUAAAGUCCAAUACGUAAAAUGUUCUCAGAUUUGAGCAUAAAAUUGUGUAACAUGAGCAUGAAUGUAGUAUUAUUGAAAUAAACAGUCAUUUCAGGCCGUGUGACCGAAAUAAAAAAAAGGAAAUCUUAAUCCCUUGCCCUAAACUUUAUCUUGUGAUUUUUUUUUAUUUUUUAUAAAUGGCACAUUUAUUUGUACUUCACUGUGACAUGUCAACAUGUAAAAUUAAAAGCUGGGUUUUCUCA